CACUUUUUAUAUAAUAAAAUGUAAUAUUUUCAUUCAAUUAAAGAAUGAGACGAUUUUAAUAUUAUUAUUAUUUUUUCCCAAGCGAGCCUGGGAAAUCUCUGCUCUCAAGCUGCAGUGCCGCUAUCCGGCCGGCAGAGGGCGCAACGAACAACACUCGACCGCAGCCCGGGCAGAGAACGGCGCCGCGCCAAAAGCGCGCAUGCGUAGUGAGGCCGGCCAGUAGGCCGCAGCCUGCCGCCGUCGUUGUCCAGCUCGCUCGCUAGCUCGCUCGCUCGGCCGAACGAGAUUCCUCUCGCGGGCCGGAGGGCAAGCGCGUCCGCCCGGCGAGAUGUUCGCGGCGCUGAACGAACUGCUCGGCGUCUCCCUGGAGCAGCCGGAGCGGAGCCAAUUGACGCUGCUUUGCGCCACAAAGACGGACGCCGGCUUCCUCGUCCACCAUUUUCUCUCCUUCUACCUCAGAGCUGGGUGCAAAGUCUGCUUCCUCGCCUUGGCGCAAUCCUUCAGCCAUUACUCCUUCGUGGCUCAAAAGCUGGUAAGCCGGGUGGAUUUUAUGAAAAUACAGGGAGUCCUUGACUUACGACGGUUCAGAGUUGCUCCAGCCUGGGCGACUUGAAACUUGGUGGGCUUCGACUCCCAGCACCUGCUGGCUGGGGGAAUUCUGGGAAUUGAACUCCAC